AUGUUCAAGACAAAGCCGGUCAUGAAAGAGCACCAAGAGGAACAAAUGACAAAGGUCGAGGCACACACAGGGCCGAAGCCUAUGUCCCUGUUGGAGAAAGCCGAUGCCCAAGUAGGUCACGAUUUCCUGAGCGGACUGUUAAAUGUCGCCAAGGAUGUGGGCAAAGUGGUCGAGCAGAAUCAGCACGGAACAGCUACCAACCCACCUGGUAGGACCCACAGUAAUACCACAGCUCAAGGAGGCAUACAGCAGUUGAGCCAGGAGGACCUUGCCAAGCUGACUUUAGGACUUGGAUCUCUGAUUGGUGCAAUUCAAGGAAAAGCAACGGAUCCUUCCCAGAAAAAGACUCCUGCUGAAGAAGUAAAGAAGGCAGCUGAUGAGCCAGUGGUCGACGAUGUUGAGGAGGAAAUUGGCAAAGUUGUCCUACCCGGCUACACUGGUUACAAAGACGCUUCAGCUGUAUCGAAACCGAAAGCAACCUGA